AUGGAAUACUCUCAGUGGGGUCAUGUUUCAUCUGAAGCAAACCCAGCUGAUUGCGCGUCAAGAGGUGUUUGUACGAAAGACUUUAUAGCGAAACUAGGGGAAUAUUUAAUUUUGACAGCAUUUUCUCACAAUUGUCGGCUGGAACGGGCGUUUAAAUGCUUAGGAACUAACUUGACUGAAUUUCUUACUACGUUAGACAGUGUUCACGAUGUACUACAUGAUCAGGAUGAUGUGUUCAAAGACGAGACGACGGAAACAGAAGCGGCUUUUGUUUGUACAUCGCACGCGGGAAACAUAGAACUACACCUUACAACGGAGAGUGAGCCAGUGGCCUAUAUGCUCGUUGGAAGUCUGCGGGCGAUCGCGCGGUUACUGUACGAUACCCAUGCGGAAAUAAGACUGAUGAGCUAUACAAACGAUCCUAGGCGAUUUAGAUACGAGAUAAGUGCGGUGCCCUUACAUCAGAAGUCUAAAGAAGAGAACUGUGAGGCGCACAGCGAAGCGGUGUCAGUUGCUGCGUCAACUAAUGUCCACGACCUGAAGAUCGGAGUUGCAAGCUUUUGCAAAGCCUUUCCUUGGCAUUUCGUGACUGACAGGCGCUUGGAGCUCGUACAAUUAGGUGCUGGCUUCAUGCGUCUCUUUGGAACACAUCUAACAACACACGGAUCAUCACUCUGCACGUACUUCCGUAUGCUGAGGCCCAAAAGCGUACGACUGGACUUCCACGAGAUCCUCAAACGCGUCAACACCCCUUUUAUGUUCUGCCUGAAGAUACCAGGGAAUUCAUUGGCCGAGGUAAGUUGA